AGCCGCGCGGCGCGGCGAACGCUUUUUCAGUCGCCUCGGCUCUGGCUGCGCAGGCGGCCGCCAGCGGCGAACGUCGCACCUCGAGCCGACCCGUCGCCAUCCUGGCCACCGUUCAACAGACCCCAGCCCGGCCCUGCUCCACCCUGCCCGUCGCCGCUCCGCCGCUGCUGGUCUGCGAGUCACCCGUCGCCUCGCUGCCGGCGCCGCUGCUGCCGCCCGAGCUGACUCUGGCCGUGAGGGCCGAACCGGCCGCCAUGUCCACGCCGGGCACCCUACGGCGGCCGCUGCCGCUGCAGCACCUGGCCGGCGGCGUGGCCGGCGGCGUCACCUCCACGUUGCUGCUGCACCCGCUCGAUCUCAUCAAGAUCCGCUUCGCCGUGGACGGCGGCGCCAUGCGCGCGCGCCCCCAGUACACGAGCGUGGCGAGCGCGCUCACCACGAUCGUCGGCUCGGAAGGCGUGCGCGGCCUCUACCGCGGCGUCACGCCCAACCUGUGCGGCGCCGGCGCCUCCUGGGGCCUCUACUUCAUGUUCUACAGCUCGCUCAAGUCGUGGAUGCAGUCGGGCGACCCGUCACGAGACCUGGGCGCCGCCCGUCACAUGCUCGUGGCCUCCGAGGCGGGCGUCCUGACGCUGGCGCUGACCAAUCCCAUCAGCGUGGUGCGCACUCGGCUCUGCCUCCAGACGACGCUGGACGCCACGUUGCCGGAGAGCAAGCGCUACUCGGGCAUGCUGGACGCGCUGCGCAAGACGUACCGUCAGGAGGGUACGCGCGGUCUCUACCGGGGCUUCGUGCCGGGCAUCUGGGGCGUGUCACACGGCGCGCUCCAGUUCAUGGCGUACGAAGAGCUCAAGAGCCUGUACAACCGGCGCCGUGGCCGACCGGUGCAGCAUCGGCUCUCAACGCUCGAGUACCUGCAGUUCGCCGCGCUCUCCAAGCUGUUUGCCGCCUGCAUCACGUACCCGUACCAGGUGGUGCGGGCGCGGCUACAGGAUCACCGGGCCAGCUACUCGGGCUCGGCGGACGUGAUCCGGCGCAUCCUGAGCCACGAGGGCCCGCGCGGUCUCUACCGCGGCCUGGCGCCCUAUCUGCUGCACGUCACGCCCAACGUCUGCUGCGUGUUCAUGGUGUACGAGCUUGUGACGGGCGGCGGCGGCGGCGGCCGGUGACGGUGCCGCGACGCCGCCCGUCACGCCGGCCGGUCACGACCGGCUUCGGCGGGAGGUGACCUCGCGUCCAGCAGGGGCGCCCGUCGCGGCAUAGGUCCGCGUUAUGUGGGCAUUUGACUUGUUCUCUGUGCAAUCGGCGGCAUCAAAUGGGCCAUUUGACGCACUGCGUUUCGUAUCAUCGGCGGGAGCGAGUAGCCAUCAUUUGUCACAUUCCGUGAUCACGUUCACUACGCAUUAGUCUAAGUCAAGUCAAGCACAGGGCGUGCUUAAAUAUGUAUGUGGUGUGUACGCCCAUCUUGUUACUCGCGUGUGACGGCAAGAUGCCAGGAGCUGCGACGACGAAACGUGUGCGUGUGGUUUUACACACGUUUUGAUUGCACUGCCAAUGUUAAACCAAGUGAACGUGAUAUGUCUUAUCUUUAUUGUGCAACAACGUGAGAAUUCUUCCUCAUUUUGAGUCACCGAAGCCGGAGGUUCCCUAAGAACGCACGGACGAUUGUGCUACUCGAGAAAUCGAUGGUUAUCUCAGGCAAACGCAUCAUGUGCGUUGCGCAGCGAAUGAAAAUACAGCAAACUGGAGGUAUUACGCACUAAAGGUUUGAACGGCGACAGCUAUUUGCUAUGAAAUCAUAGUCCACGUGAUAAAUUUCACGCCACAGAGACCCAAAAACAAUGCAGAAAACGAACUGUUACAAUGAACUUAUCGAAAGACAUCAGCGAAACUGCAGAGCUGGAACAUCUACCACUGUGGUCAACACAUUCCAACAUGGCGAUACGCAAUAUUCAAUACGAUCCUGACCAUCAGCCACGAUAGGUGGCACAUCUGCACCAUGACGGCAUCAACAGUCUCCGUUACGACCAGAGGAGUCCGCUACAUUACGGGCUGAGUAGCCAUGUUUACGGAAGCAGACGAGAUCAGAGCGUCCCCCUGUGCCCCUGCAGCGCAGGUUUCUCUUUUGUAACCUGGUCGCAUGACACUCCCUCCAUACCGGCCACCAUUACGCUACGCGGCUUUGUCCUCUUCA